AUGAGGCAGCAGUGGGAAGAUGAGAAGCGUCAACCGCUCGGGGAGAAUGCUGUUCUCCAAGACGCUGCGAAUCGACUGGACACACAGGUCCGCGACACCAAGAGAGACCUCAAGAAGCUUGCGGACACGGGCAAAGCCGUCGAGCAUGCACGAGCCAGCAUCCAACAGGAACUAGACAACGCGAGGCGUGUCAUCGACAAGCUAGAUAAUGAGCUCAUGGCCGAGCGCGGGCGGCUGAGAACCUCGUCAACAGUGCAAUCUCGUGUGCAGCGAGAGAAGGAGCAGGUCGCUUAUCAGCUGCGGCGGACAGAAUCCGAUAUGACCGACGUUGGGAGCCAGCUGCAGACACUCAAGCAGGAGAACCAAGAGCUCUCAAGUCACUUACGAUCGAGUUCUGUCGCAGAGCAGAAGGCCCGUCUCUUCGAGAGCAAGGUCUCCGAGAAUGCAGAGAUGAUCGAGCAGCUGCGGUACGAAUGUUCCCUGUUCCCUGCUCGCGGCCGAACACAGGGAGCUCCAGCGCGGUACUCAAGAUCUCAGAGGUACGCUCUAACAUCACCUUGCUGGGCUACCUCUCCUGAUCAGUAG